AUGGAUAUAACUAAGGCCACUAAGCUCGGUAGACUCAAAAAGUUUCAUAGUGAUCAUCUUGACAUGUUUCUGCCACCUGAUAUUGAUAUCCACCGUGAAGAAUUUGUCAGUACGUCUUGCUCUAUUUUUAAUGUUGUUGCGCCUUCCUCUACAUCCCACAUUAAUGGUGAUGAUGACCCCCACUUUUGGGUGGAAUCCAGUGGAAGGAAAGGUUGUAGAAAAUCUCUAUCCACCAGCUUAAAAUGGCCUAGGUUGAUAGAUGUCAAUAUGAACUUGUCGGAGUUCCAGAAGGACCAAAGGAGAAGAUACCACCUGGAGGGGAAGGACUACCAUGAUUGCAAAGGAGAUGAAGAUGUGGACCCAUGA